AUGCCAAUGGAACGACUCAAGUCAGCAGAUUUCACAGAGAAUGAGAUGGAUCAAUUUUUCCGUCCUGUUACCGUCGACGCCGGCCGUAGAGAUGUUUAUAUCUCAUACCACGGUGAUCAACGACUUCGCAAACUCUCUACAAAGGAAUAUUAUCAUAUCUCUGGCUUUCCUGGAAGGUCUAAAUUGGAGGAUCAACGCAAGCAAAGGGACGGAGUUAAAGAGCUCGAAACAAACAUACCGACCACAAAAACUGCUGAUAUCAUGGCUUAUCGCAAUCAUGUUGGGUAUAUGCGCCAACUUAUAGAUCAGUUCUACAGCUUCUACGAUUACAGAACGGCGGAAAUCAAUUGGAAAAACUUUCGUAGCUCUCAGUUGCAAAAGAUACUGCUGUGA